AUGAGCACACAGACCUUCACCAGCACUCCCACGUUGGGAUCACGACCUCAGGCGAUCUUUCAGUUGAGGGGCCCUCAUCCCACCCCCAACACAGCUGCUUUUCCAGAACUUGACCAGAAAGGGUAUACUGUAGUCAAGAAUGUAUUAUCUUCGGAGAGAUCAUCGGAAUACGUGAACAGAGCAUUCGAUUGGCUGGAAGGUUUCAAUAAAGGUUUCAAGAGAGAUGUUAGGUCUACUUGGAAGCCUGAAAACUUACCUGCUUUCUCCCGAGGUGGAUUGUUCAAUCGCCAUGGUGCACAUCACGAGCAGUGGGCAUGGGACGUGAGGUCCGAACAAGCUAUUAUCGAUGUAUUCUCGAGGAUCUGGGACACAGAAGAAUUGCUUGUAUCUUUUGACGCCGUAAAUAUAUCUUUACCAUUCGACAAAGAUGCGAAUGUCCAAAAAGGAUCUUGGCCGCAUACCGAUCAAAGUCCUCUAAGGAGAUACAAACAUUGUAUACAAGGUAUCAUGAAUCUGGUCGAAGUCGGACCUAAAGACGGGAGUCUACUAGUGCUCGAAGGUUCCUUCCAGCUGUACAACGAAUUCUUUGAGACCCAAGAACAAGAUGCACCUCCUGAAGGAUGGUCCUGGAGAGAUUCGUUUGUACCUACCGACGAACAGAUGCAGUGGUUCUACGAUAGAGGAUGCAAGUGGAAGAAAAUCGAAGCUGGAUAUGGUGAUCUGAUAUUAUGGGAUAGUAGGACUAUCCAUUAUGGCGGGAAUGCAGAGGGUGAUUCGAUAAGGGUUGCGACUUAUGUCUGCUAUAAGCCUGCUAAAGAUAUAGAGCCAGAUGCUCUCGAGCGUAGAAAGAAGUGCUGGGAUGAAUUGAUCGGAACGUCCCACGACCCUCUCUUGUUUCGUGAGACAGGGUCGAUAGCAUUAGGACCUCUGACUGAUGAUGAGAGACUGAGACCGUUGGAAAGGCCUAUAUUAUCUGACAGAGCCAAGUUGUUGGCGGGAAUAGAGAGCUAUUGA